GCCACUGGAAGGGCAGAAACCUCUUUGGCUGGACAUCUGGACCAUGGACAGGGAUCUGAGUGACGAGGACAGUGUGGCCGACCUCAGCUUCGAGGCCGAGAGCCCUCUGGUGCCCCCAGUUGAACUCCUGGAGAGGCUGCCCAGCUAUGACUGCCUUUGUCAAGGAGGCGGGCAGCAGAUCUUCUUCCCGCCUUUGGAGGCCCCACGGAGGCCCCCGGAGCAAACAUGCUGGUCCUCGUUCCUGGAACACAGAGUCCCUCUGGUGACAGAGGAGGUGGCGCGUGAAGCCCUCCUCAGCUUUGUGAGCUCCAAAUGCUGCUAUGGCCGCUCAGCCGCCAGCGACCUGGUCAUCCAGCAGAUGAAGCAACAGAUGCUGUGCCGGUAUCGACUGGAGACUUUCAGCGAGUCCAGGAUAAGCGAAUGGACAUUUCAGCCCUUUACUAACCAUGCAGUUGAUGGGCCGAGAAGAGGGACCUCCCCCCAGCUCUGGGACAUCAAGGUCCAGGUCCCCCCGAUGUUCCAGGAGGAAACCCGGAAGUUCCAGGUCCCUCACUCGUCACUGGUCAAGGCACUUAAUCAUGCCACGAAGCAAGGGGGGAGGGAGGGAGGCCCAGGGAGAGGAAGGGACUGCUCAAAGUCACCAGACUGGGAUUUGACCACGUCUGGGAUGCUCUCUGCUCCACUUCCCUGCGCGGCCAGGGUACUGAGGCCUGUGUGUCCGCAGGUGAGGUGCCCCUCCUGCAGCGGAGCCAAGCGCAGAGCCAAGCAGCCUGGGAGGUGCCAGCUGUGCUCCGGGUCGGGCAGGCACAGGUGCAGCACGUGCUCGGGGAGGGGGAACAAGACCUGUGCCACCUGCAAGGGGGAAAAGAAGCUGCUGCACUUUGUCCAGCUGGUCAUCGUGUGGAAGAACAGCCUGUUUGAGUUUGUGUCCGAGCACCGGCUGAACUGCCCCGUGCAGCUCCUAGCUAAAGCCAAAGGAGAGAACCUCUUCAAGGAUGAAAACACGACGGUGUACCCCCUGGCGGACUUCCCGCUGCGGGAGAUCUCGCUGGCCUCCCAGCGGGGCAUUGCCCAGCACAGCGCUGCCACCCUGGCCUCCAGAGCCCGCGUCCUUCAGCAGCGCCAGACCAUCGAGCUGGUCCCCCUCACGGAGGUGCAUUACUGGUACCGGGGGAAGAACAAUGUCUACUACAUCUACGGCACCGACCACCGAGUGUACGUGGCGGACUACCCCGAGAGGUACUGCUGCAGCUGCACCGUCAUCUGACCCGGCUCAGCCGGCUCUCCCCUCCGCCCGCCCCUCACACUCACCAGGGAGGGCCACCAGGCUCUGAGCUCACCCAUCAUUGGCUUCAUUGGAUGUCGCUUACCAACGCUGGCGUGUCUGUCCUUCUAGAAAAUUCACCUUACCAUCUGCCAAGCACAAGUCGUUCCGGAACUCCUCUGGGGGACUCCGUCCUGUGUUUAACCUGCAAGAAUUCAACUCCACACAAUCCUUUCGGACAAACAAAGCGAAGGCAAUGCCUGACUGUGUGUGGGGUUUGCUUCUGCUCUUCCCUGGGUCAGGCAUUCCCCUUCUAGUGCGAGCCUUUGCCGAGCCAAGUGUCACUGGCAUGUUUAAAGAUGCACACGCGUCGGCUGCCCCCACAUGCACCCCAAGGAGUGCACUGAGGCACAAAGUACCUUUAUGUCCUAGAACCUGACUUCCCAUCUGUGGGGCAGGAAUUCAGACAUGGCCAUCAUGGGAUGGUUUAUCUCUGCUGCAUGAUGUCUGGGGCCUCACCUGGGAGACUUGAAGGCUGUGAUGGCUCACGGGCAGGGGGCUGAGGUCACCUGAAGGCUGGUCACCAGAGAUCUGGUAGUUGACGUGGUUGUUGGCUGGGACCUUCGCUGGGCUGUCAGCUGGAGCACCUGCACGCGGCCUCUCUGUGCGGCCUGGGCUUCCUCACAACAUGGCUGCUGUAAGGCUCAGUGCCCCGCACAGGGGCCCUGACGGAAGAAAGUCUGUUCCCAAAGGGGAGAACAACUGCUGUGUUGGAUGGAUGGAGGGUACAUGCUGAUCUCUAACGUGUGCCUUUGCGGGGACGGAUUUGGGAGAGUGUUUUUAGAUGCAUGCAGGUUCUUACGUCACGUGCCGGCUUUAGAACCCGUUUACUGAGCGGCACAUGUGCACCCAGUCACGUGCAGGAGCUCCCAGCUGGUGCCGCCAGGUGGGGCGGGUGGAGGGGUGCCCUGCACACUGAAUGCCCAGGUGGCUUUGGAAGGGUGUGGGGGCUGGGCAGGCCACUGGGCACCUGGCUGUGGGUAACCCAGAGGCCCCUGUCAUGUUACCACACCUGCCCCUGACCUGAAGGGGAUUGCUGUACCCUGAGAGGGCCAGGCUAUACCCUCACUUGACUCCCAAGCUCCUGUC